AUUAAAAAAAAGACCUUUUAAUUUCUUCUUCAAGAUUUCGAUUUUAGACCGAUCACUUUGAAAAUCCCAACAGAAUUCUAUCUUAUAAUGAUACCCAGUUCGUCCGAAAUCUGGAAUUAGUAUACCCCUUCAAGAUUCUUGAAUUUUAGCUCAGUCUUUUAGAAGAAGAAGAACGAAAACUCCUAAUUUCGAUUCAAUUUGAAGUUGGAGAAAAGCUAUGGCGGGGGUCGUAAACAAGUUUUUCGUUGCAUCGAUAUUCAUGUGUGUAGCUCCUAUUGCUAUUCUAUAUGGCUUUAACCUCAAUUUAUUCCCUGGUACCACUGGUUUGUCACCCGAGUCAACGACACUGUGGAGUGGGGUUCUCGCUGUCGUCUCUGUCAACGCGGUUAUAGCGUGGUACAUUUACAUGGCCAUGAAAGAGCCUUCGGACAAACACGAACCCGAUCCUAAGUUUCUUGCAGAUGCAAAGGCUAGCAUAAACCAGUCUGGACCCACAAAUGAAGUUGACUCGUUACCGAACCGCACAAAACGAGAAUAGCUGAUUAUUUCGACUCGAUACAAUCAUGAGUUCUUGUUCAAGGAUUGUAAAAGGUCAUGAUAGUGAUUUUGUAUUUGUUUUUUAAAUUGUUUCAUGGAUUAGAUAAGGUACAAUCUUUGUUUUCCAAGUUUAUUUAUUAUUAAUUUUUAGCUUAAUAAUUUUAUAACUGAAUCGAAAUUGAUGA